AUGGCCGACGCCGCCCCACUUUGCCGCCUCGCACCGCCUGCCAAAGGGUGGACCCAGCGACGACCGCAGCCUGCCGCCUUUCCGCGACCCUCGCGACUGGCAACCGCCGAGCCACGGCGGGCCCGGCCAACAUCGAGUCGCAUCGCCCGAGACGUCGGGUGCCAUGAGCCCUCGCACCUCGCGCUUGCCCCGCUCACGCUCGCGCCCGGCCGGCCCGAGGGCACGCAGCUGGGCAAACGGCCGAUGGACGAGGCCGACGACGACCUCUACCGCCCUCUGCCUCGCGCUCACGCCGUCUCUCCACGACGGACAAACGCCUUGCAAUACUCGUACCGAGAUGCUCCCGAAAGCGAAGACACCUACCGAGGGCCCGGGAUGCCGCGGCGGCCGAUCGAAAAGAACGGCGCACCCUCGCUGGCACCAGAAGAGGAUCGGUACUGGCCACGGCCCGUCGAGAACAGCCCGGACCCCAGGUUCUCUGGUCCCCCUCUGCCCACGGGGGACGAGGGCUUCGAGCAUUCGAGGUCGGGACGGGCCUCUUACCCUGGCAGGCUCUCCGAGGGAGAUGGCUACCCACCGCGCCCGCGCGACGACGGGAUCCUCGCCCGAGACAGGUCGGGGCCGUGGCGCGACUGGGAGGGUCCUGCGCCGCACGCAACUCAGCAUCGCUUCGGCGCCUCGUACCCCUCCGACUUCCACCAUGGUGCCAAGUCGGAGCGACGCGACGGCGAGCCAGGAUUCGGCCCCGAAGAUCGCCGUAGAGGGACGAUCGGCGCCUUUCCCGAGGGCCUGGCGCCUGGCGGCCCAGGAUACGGUGCCCAGGCUGUCCGGUCCCCCGUGCCCCCCUUCGCCUCGCCGCGAGACUUCCAUCCCGGUCCGCCGCCGCCGCGGUCUGGUUUCCCCGCAGGGCGCGAGGGUCCUCCCCCCGGCCCUUCGGGCGCCACGAUGCCCCUCGCACCUCCCCUUGCUCGGCCUGCCUCGACCGUCGGACUGAUGUCGGUGCCCGGAAGUGCAUCUGCUGGCCCGGUCCCAGCACCGACCCCGGCCGCGGCUGCGGCGACGCCGAGCGCCAACCGUCGUGUCGCCCACCUCCUCUCCGAGCAGCGACGGCGCGAGUCGAUCAACACGGGCUUCGAGGAUCUUCGCCAGACGUUGCCCGCUUGCCGCGACGGUCAGGACAGCAAGGCGACUGUGCUACGCCGGGCGGUAGAGUACAUCCACGAGCUCGAGUCGAUCAUCCAGCAAACGCAUCGCAUGCGUGCCAAUAGCGGCGGGGUCGACUUUGACUCGCGCAGCCCGCCUCGCGACCACGACCCCUACGGCGGCCACCAUCACCCUGGGCGGCCGGAUCACGAUCCCCGUGGCAACCCAGGACCCAGAGGCGGCGGAUCCUCCCGGCGAGACACGGCCAGCAGCGGACACUCGGACGACCGCACCAUGAUCAACGGCGUUCCUGGCCAUUCCUACCGCCGCGACAUGGAAGCUUACCGCGCCGGGCCGACGCAGCCCCUGCCUCCGUCGCCCCUUGGCCGCGUCCCCGGCGGGCCAGAGUACGAUCCGAUGGCCGCUCCCGCUCCAUACGACGGCUGGACUGCUGACCCGGGCAGACAACCCGGUCACUUUGCCGCGCCUCAUGAGGACACUCGCCACGGUCAGCUCGGUCUGAAGCGAUCCAACUCGGACCCAGAGGAGAGCGAGGCCGUGGCGCGAGUGCGCAGGAAGCUCGGCGAGGUGGAUGGGACGCCGCAGCACUCGCCUUCGGGAUCGCCGCAGAUCAGAUCGCCAGCGACGGCAUCCUCUACCUCGAGGCGAUCCGAGUACCGCCUGCAGCGCGAAGGGGGGGACGCCAUCGCUGCUCCCCGCUCCGCCGAGGCGGGUGGCGAGACUAAUUCCAGCAGCAACGGCGCCAGCAUACGAUUGCGUACAGGGCUUGGCAUCGAGGCGGCGCAGCGUGCCGAGGAUGGUUCGAGCCACUCGGCCGUACCUCGGAGGGCUAGCAACAGCAUCUUCAUCGAGAGGCGGCCGACAUAA